AUGGACGAGCUCCCCAUUGACCUCCGCACCCCCCGCGGGGGCUCCUCCCCCCCAGAGGCUUCGUUGCCGCUGCGGAAGCGGCGCUCGGUGAGGAUUGGGCCGCUGUUGGGGCCCCCCCCGGGGGUGCUGGCCCUGGCCCCCCCCCCUUUGGCCUUCGUGGCCCCCCCCCCCGAGGCUCAAUUGGCCGCUGCCAUCGCUGCGGCCACCGGGCAGGACGAGGACGGGGACACGCCCCUCCACAUCGCAGUGGCUCAGGGCUCCCUGGGCCUCGUUCGCCGCCUCGUGGCCCUGUUCCUGUGGGGGGGGCAGGACCUGGAUGUGCAGAACCGGCUGCGGCAGACCCCUCUCCACGUCGCCAUCUUGGCGUCGCAGCCGGCGCUGGUGCGGCUGCUGGUGGCGCACGGCGCAUGCGCGAUGGCGCGGGACCGGCGCGGCCGCACGGGGGCGCACCUGGCGUGCGCGGGCGCGGGAGCGCGCGUGCUGCGGGAGCUGCUGCGGGGGGGGCCCGACCUCCACGUGACCGACUACGAGGGUCUCACCCCCCUGCACCUCGCGGUGCAUUCUGGGUGCCGGGAGAGCGUGGAGCUGCUGCUGGAGCACGGGGCUGACGUGGACGCAGUGGACAUCAAGAGUGGUCGCUCCCCACUGCAGCACGCGGUGGAGAGCAACAGCCUCGAGAUGGUGGAGCUGCUCAUUAGGCGCGGCGCUGACGUCAACGCCCAGUCCUACGCGGGGUGCACGGCGCUGCACGCGGCGGCGGCGCGCGGCCACCAGGGGGCGCUGCGGCUCCUGCUCCGCAACGGCGCCGACUGCGGCGUCCGCAACCACCACAACGAGCGCCCCCUGGCGGUGGCCAGAGACAGGGAGGUCAUUGACAUCCUCCGUGGGAAAUCCGCCCGCCCGGCCCCGCCCCCUGCCCGGGCAGCCAAUGGCCGCUCCUCCCGCAGCCCUGCCCACCCUCCUCCAGCAGCCAAUCAGAGCGCGGCAUCCCCCCAGCCGGCCAAUGAGGUGCAGGGGGCCCGCCCGGACCAAUCAGGGGAGGCGAAGGACAGGGGAAGCCCCGCCUCCAAACCCCAGCGAGACACGUGA